UCUUUCCUCACUGGCAGCAGCGUCUGUACUGUUGGCAGGAGUCACCAGAAUAAAAACAGCUACACCAGACAUAGAGGAGGAAAAAAGCAAAGUGAUCCAUUGAGUCUUUGGCCUCUCUUAAUUACGCCGACUCCCAUAUCUUUUCCUUUUUUUUCCCACCUUUUUCGCUGCUCUUUAAUACUUCGGGCGUGUGGUAAUUAGUUAGAAGAGAAUAAAACCAGCUGAUCGGGAGAGGGGUGGUGCAUUUUGGAGCGAGAUGGCUAACAGAAACAUUCUGUUGCUCUUCUGUGGACUCUUCCUCUUAGCACUGAUUCAGCCCUCUCUACAAGGAGGUGUGUAUGUACCAGCUGGUGUUGGGGUUGGACCAGGAGGCACUGGACCAGGAGCUGGAUUCUUUCCAGGGUCAGCAGGAGGAGUCCCUGCGGGCUAUAAACCAGCUAAAGCUGCAGGAGCUUAUGGCGGUGGAGGGCGUGGUGUUGUCCCAGGUGGUUUGGUGCCAGGAGGUGUAGGAGCUGGUAGCUUGGGCCUUGGAGGACUGGGAACUGGACAAGGUGGAAAACCCCCUAAACCAGGUUAUCAUCCAGGUUAUGGCAAUCUAGGAGCCGGUGGUCUUGGAGCUGGUGUCUUGGGAGCUGGAGGAGGAGCAGGGGGUUAUGGUGGAUAUGGUGGAGGUACUGGGGGCUUUUAUCCAGGAGUUGGACAGAAGGCUGCCAAAAGAGGUGCAGGAGGCCCUGUGCUACCACAUGGAGGGACUGGAGGAACUGUGCUUGGGGCAGGAGGAGUUCCUGGAGGCACAGGUCCUGGAGCUGCAGUGCCCGCUGGAGUACCUGUUAUUCCUCAGACGGGUCUUCCAGGAGGGGGUGGUGUUGGUGCGGGAAAGAAAGCUGCCAAAGUGCCAGGUGUGGGUGUGCCUGGACUUUACCAAGGUGGACUGGUGCCAGGAAAAGGGUUUAAUGGACGUGGAGUUCUGCCUGGGGUGGCCACUGGCACUGACCUGAAUCCUAAAUCAAUUGCAGGCGGAGGCCAAGGAAACCAAGGACCAGGAGGCCGUGGGUAUAAUGGACAAAUGCAGCCAGGAGUUUUCCAUGGAUACCCCCUUAAAUCACCCAAAGUGCAAGGUGCUUAUGGUGCAAAAACUGGAGGUGGAGGAAAACUACCAUAUGGUUAUGGUGGUUUUGGUACUGGUGGUGCUGGACUUCCAGGAGGACAAGCUGGACCUGGGUCCAAGCCUGGUUAUCCUGUUGGAACUGGAGUUGGGCCUGGAGGCAUCUCAGCUGCUCAGGCUAAAGCUGCCAAAUAUGCAGGUUACGGUGGUGCUGGUGGAGUCGGAGGUGCUGUUGGAGGCGUUGGAGGUGUUGGUGGCGUUGGUGGCGUUGGUGGUGUUGGAGGCGUUGGUGGUGUUGGAGGCGUUGGUGGCACUGGUGGAUUUUAUCCAGGGCAGGUUCCAGGAGGAGGAUAUGGAGCUGCGGCCAAGGCUGCUAAAUAUGGAGUACCAGGAGGAGUACCAGGAGGAGUACCAGGAGGGGUACCAGGAGGAGUACCAGGAGGGGUACCAGGAGGAGUACCAGGAGGGGUACCAGGAGGGGCACCAAUUGGAGGAGUUCCAGGAUUUGGUGGAUACUCACCAGCAGCUGCAGCUGCAGCUAAAGCUGCUAAAUAUGGUGGAUAUGGAGCACUUGGAGGCACAGGUGGACAGUUAGGGACAGGAGGAUAUGGAGGACUGGGUGGCACAGGAGGACAAGUGGGACCAGGAGGAUAUGGAGGACUGGGUGGCACAGGAGGAGGAUACCCUUCUGCUGCUGCUGCUGCCAAAGCUGCUAAAUAUGGAGUAGCAGGAAUAGGAGGAGCAGGAGUACUGGGAGGAGCAGGAGGACUGGGUGGAGCAGGAGGACUGGGUGGCACAGGAGGAGGAUACCCUGCUGCUGCUGCUGCUGCUGCCGCUGCUGCCAAAGCUGCUAAAUAUGGAGCAGGAGGACUGGGAGGCACAGGACUGGGAGGAACAGGACUGGGAGGAACAGGACUGGGAGGCACAGGACUGGGAGGAACAGGGCUGGGAGGAACAGGACUGGGAGGAACAGGGCUGGGAGGAACAGGAGGAUACUCUGCUGCUGCUAAAGCUGCUAAAUAUGGUCCAGGUGGUGCAGGAGUAGUUCCAGGUGGGACAGGCGGAGGAGGAGUUCCUGGAAGAGCCCCGUUUUUACCGGGAUAUGGAUCUUUGGCAGCUGGUGGUAAACCUCCUAAAUAUGGAGUCCCCGGUGCAGGCCUAGGAGGAGGUGGUGUGCCAGCAGGAGCAGGUCUAGGAGGAGGUGGAGUGCCAUUAGGAGCAGGUCCAGGAGGAGCUGGCGUGCCAGCAGGAACAGGCCUAGGAGGAGGUGUACUGGGAGGGACAAGAACAACUGGAGGAGUUGUACCUGGGGCUGAAGGAUACCCAGGCGGUGUGAAACCACCAAAAUAUGGCGUAACUGGAGAAGGACUCGUUGUGCCAGGAGCUACUCCAAUUACGGGUGUCAGUGGUGUCCCAGAUGGUUCUGCUGUUGUGCUACCAGGUGGUACAGGUGUUCCUGUAAAACAAGCAAAGGAUUCAGGUCUUGGUGGAACUCCUCAACCAGGGCCAACGCCUAUUGCCAAAAUUGGCAAGGCCCCCGAGGUCCCACAAUCCAGCGUUUCUGGUGGAAUCGUUCAGCCUAGUGCUGACACAGGUGUUGGUGUUGGUGUUGGAACAGGUGGCAAAGCACCUAAACCAUUCUUACCAGGUACCGGAACAGGUGUUGGUCCAGGCACAGGUGGCUAUCCCUAUGGUGGAACCUAUGGCGGUACUUAUGGUGUUGGUCCCAGCACUGGAGUUGGACCUGGAGUUGGGCCUGGAGUACGACCUGGAGUUGGACCUGGAGUUGGACCUGGAGUUGGACCUGGAGUUGGACCUGGAGCUGGAACGCUGCCUGGAGCAAAGCCUUUGAAACCUCCAGUGGUUGGAACAGGUGGAGGUGGAGUAGGAAUCCCGCUGGCAGCAGGAAGUUAUCAAGGGGGAUACAGGCCAUAUCAUCAUGGUUAUUUUCAGGGUGCGUUGGCAUACCCGGGUGCUGGUGGACUGGGAGGUGUUGGUGGCGGUGGUGGUGGAGCUAAACCACCCAAACCAGGCUAUGGCAAUCUUGGAGGUGGUGGAGGAUAUCAGCCAGGUGUCGUUCCUGGUCAUGGAGGAGGUUACCCCCAACAGCUCUACCCAGGUGGAUAUGUACCGGCCCCACUGACUCCUCAACAAGCCAAAGCAGCCAAGUACGGUGCAUUGCAGGGUUUCCUUGGUGGAGGAGGAGGAGGAGGAGGUGUCUACAGAGGUGGUGUUGCAGCAGGAUGCCAGGGCAAAUUCUGUGGGAGAAGGAAGUAGAGGAUCGCUUGAGAUCCAGAGUGACCUCAAGAAACCAUGGUGCUACUGCAUGAUCUAGAAUGUACAUUUUAUAUGCAAAAAAAACCCCAUUAGAAAUUGUGUAAAGAUGUUUUUUUUUUUUUUACUUGACUUCAACGUCUGUUUUUAUACAAACCCACCGACCCAGAAUUUUGUACACGUUCUAAUGUGACGUGUGCUAUUGAUACUGCCUUCAAUCAUUAACGUGGUCAAGUUAAUCAGCUUUAACUCCCCGUACUGCACCAGCCUACUUACAAUAAGAGUGUGUUUGUGUCACCAUGCGUUGUUCCUGUGCAUGAAUGUGUGUGUGUGUGUGCAUUUUGUGGGUAUGUGUGCAUAUGGUUGUACUGUUGUGCGAAAGACUGUCUGAACCAUUGGCUGCCAAUGUGACCUAUGAAUGAUUUCCCUUUCGGUUUUAAUCCUAGAGCAAGGUGAGCUGUCCUUAGUGUUAGAGCCCACGCUGUCUCACCUCACUGUGGAGUGCUCGUCACCUCUCUGACAUGACACAAGGGCUGGGUUGGUCCAAAAACCGAUGAAAUCUGACCAAUCUCAGCAUCGUUUCUGGUUCCCUGUUUCCUCUGCUGCUAUUUUUAGGCCUGCUGGGUAUAUAGCAGCGGGAAUUGGGGCUCCGGCCAACCCAUCUGCUCUCAGUAACUUUGCUGAUUCUAGUUGCUAUGCAGUUCAGUUUUCUCAGCAUUUUUAGUGUUGCCAAACUUGUGAUGUAUGAAGAGCAUUUUGUGCUCUGAGGGACGGUAUGCUGAAGACAAUCAAAAAGUGUUUGAUUCAUUACAUGAUUUUUUUUUUAUUUUAAACACCGGAAAGCAGUGUUGCCUUUUAGUUCCACAUAGAUUAAAAUGUAUUUCAGAUACUACUCUGGCAUGUACAUUAUGUAUGUAUGAAUGUUUGAUCAUGUGUCACUGUCCUUAAGUUUGGGAUAGAGCGCUUUAGUCUGCUUCGAAUGUUUAGUCUCAUUGCAGCAGUUAUUUACAUUUAUGUACCUAUUUGAUUAUUCAAGAUUUAUUUUUUUUGCACCAUGCUUCGACUCAUAGCUUUAUUGUUAUCAGGAAUGUGUGAACAUAAAACCAGAACAAUCCUUAACUUCUGCAUUUAUUCACUGUUUAGAAUAGUAAUACAGAAUAAGACUUUGUUUAAUGGGUGUGGUUAUGAGGCAUAAGCUCCCAUUGUUCUUCAUUUACUUGAGCUGCUUUUAAAAAAAGGCUUACUGACCAAAGGUUCAUGAGCGCUGUUGCCAAGUUGACCCCAUCUCUUUCUGUAAUUCUGUACUGUAUUUUGUACUAAUUUGAUGUUAGCUGGCUACAGUUCCUUCACUCUCUGCUGUGUAAGAACUGUCUUUGAGCCUCGCUGGGUCAGACCUUGUCUUAUGUGCCGUGGGAUACUCUUCAUCUUUAUUUAAAACUGUUUUUAUAAGGAGGAACAGUGUGUUUUUUUUUUGCACUUUUUAUAUUUCCACGACACACAUGUGACUUGUUCCCGGAUAUCCCGGCAUUUGCUUCAUUAAAUAACAAAAUAAAAUGUGUUAAAAGA